CCCCCCGUCCCGGCGGCGGCGGUGACGGGCACGGCCGGGGCCAGCGGGGCUCCGUGAGGGACAGAGGCCGGGACCGGGAGCUCACUGCAGCAUGGCAGAAGCCUCUGUCUCUCCACUGAAGCACUUUGUGCUGGCCAAAAAGACCAUCACUGCCAUCUUCGACCGGCUGCUGGAGUAUGUCACUGAGGGAGCAGCGUUUGUGGAAGCCACAUACAAGAACCCAGAGCUUGACCAUAUAGCAACAGAAGAUGAACUAGCAAAAAUACAAGCAUAUAAAAACAAGCUGGCAGUCAUUGGAGAAGUGCUCUCAAGGAGACACAUGAAAGUGGCAUUUUUUGGCAGAACAAGCAGUGGGAAAAGUUCAGUCAUUAAUGCAAUGCUGUGGGACAAGGUACUUCCCAGUGGGAUUGGCCAUACAACAAACUGCUUCCUCAGUGUGGAAGGGACUGAUGGAGAUAAGGCUUAUCUGAUGACAGAAGGAUCAGAUGAAAAGAAGAGUGUAAAGACCGUCAAUCAGCUGGCUCAUGCACUCCACAUGGAUAAGGAUUUGAAGGCUGGCUGUCUCGUCCACGUCUUCUGGCCCAAGUCCAAGUGUGCCCUGCUGAGAGAUGAUUUGGUUAUAGUGGACAGCCCUGGCACAGAUGUCACUACAGAACUGGACAGCUGGAUUGAUAAGUUCUGCUUGGAUGCUGAUGUGUUUGUCUUGGUUGCCAAUUCUGAAUCCACUCUCAUGAACACGGAGAAACAUUUUUUCCAUAAAGUGAACGAACGACUUUCCAAGCCAAACAUCUUUAUCCUCAAUAACAGAUGGGAUGCUUCUGCAUCAGAGCCAGAGUACAUGGAAGAUGUGCGGAGGCAGCACAUGGAGCGCUGUCUGACCUUCCUGGUCGAUGAGCUCAAAGUUAUUGAUCCUGUGGAAGCCAGGAAUCGCAUCUUCUUCGUUUCAGCAAAAGAAGUUCUGAGUGCCAGGACACAAAAGGCCCAAGGAAUGCCAGAGAGUGGUGGAGCACUUGCUGAUGGAUUUCAAACAAGAUUCCAAGAAUUUCAGCAUUUUGAGCAGAUAUUUGAGGAGUGUAUCUCGCAGUCAGCCGUGAAAACCAAGUUUGAACAGCACACUAUCAGAGCUAAACAGAUAAUAGAUACUGUGAAAGACAUUAUGGACACCAUAAACGUUGCAGCAGCAGAGAAAAGAGUCCAGUCCAUGGAAGAGAGAGAAGAUCAGAAGGACAGGCUGGACUUUGUGAGAAACCAGCUGAACAUUUUGACAGAAGACACCAAGGAAAAGAUCAAACGCGUUACUGAGGAAGUCGAAAACAAAGUCUCCUCUGCUAUGACUGAUGAGAUUUGCCGGCUUUCAGUUUUAGUUGAUGAAUUUUAUUCUGAUUUCCACCCUUCUCCUCAAGUAUUGAAGCUCUAUAAGACAGAACUGAACAAACACAUAGAAGAUGGUUUGGGGAAGAACCUGGCUGAGCGCUGCUCCACUGAAGUCAACCAGUCAAUGCACCAGUCCCAGCAGGAGAUGAUUGAAAAUCUGAAACCAUUGUUGCCUUCUAGUGUUCAGGAUCAGCUCCACUUGCUAAUUCCAUGCAGGAAGUUUGAUCUUAGCUAUGAUCUAAACUGUCAUAGCCUGUGUGCAGAUUUUCAAGAGGAUAUCAUGUUCCACUUUUCUUUGGGAUGGACUUCUCUUGUAAACCGUUUCUUGGGUCUUAAACAAGCUCAGAAAGUACUCCAGGGAUUAACAGAUCCAAACCUACAUAUCCCUCGUCCUUUAGCCAGCACCCCGUCUGCCGCCUUAACUCCCGACAGCGCGCCCCAGGAGGAGUUCAUGGUUCCCUUGGUGUUGAGUUUGGCCUCGCUGACAUCCCGGACCUCCAUGAGCAUCAUCAUUGUUGGUGGAGUGAUUUGGAAAACUGUAGGCUGGAAGCUGAUCUCGCUGUCGCUGAGCAUGUACGGGCUGCUGUACCUGUAUGAGAGGCUGACCUGGACCACGCGGGCCAAGGAGAGAGCCUUCAAGCAGCAGUUUGUCAACUACGCCACCGAGAAGCUGCAGAUGAUCGUCAGCCUCACCAGCGCCAACUGCAGCCACCAGGUGCAGCAGGAAAUGGCCACUACUUUUGCUCGGCUCUGUCAGCAAGUGGAUAUUACUGAGAAAAACCUGGAAAAAGAAAUAGCUAGGCUUUCCAAAGAAAUAGAUCAGCUGGAGAGCAUACAAAGCACCUCCAAGCAGCUGAGAAAUAAAGCCAUUCACCUCGAGAACGAACUAGAUCGCUUCACAAAACAUUUUCUUCAAAAGAGUAAAUAAAACAUCAUUGUGAACCUU